AUGGGGCAGGAGGACAUGGGACACCUGGAAAACAUGAAGAAAACUUUAGCUGAAAUGCUGGCAGCGACGAAGAAACAGCCAAACAUCAGCCAAGUCGUCAAAGCAGGGCUGACGGCAAUGGUGGAACUUUGUGAUGCCCUGGUCACUCAAGAGAAGAAGAGGACCUCACUUCAAAAUAAGUUGAAAGAGGAAGUGGAGAAGCUGCCCAAGUGGUCCUCCUCUAAAAAGGGAGGUACAGGAAGCAGGAAACGUCGGAAGGAAGAACUGGCUGAUUUCAGUGAUUCUGAAGAAGAAGAACUAAUGGAAACUGAAAUCGAUGGCUCAGGCCAAGUAGUUACUGACUCGGAUGCUGCAAGCUUACCAGAGAGGACCAGAUUCCAAAAAAGCAAGCAGGACCUAGGUAAGGAGAAUGAAAGGAAGGCUGCUCAUGAGGCAAAGAGAGAGGCAGAUAGACUGACGAGAAUUCGGAAACAAGCGGAAGCGGAAUUACGGAAAAAGGAAGCGGAGAAGAAAAGGAAGGAGGAAGAAGAGAAACGUCGAAUUGAGCAGGAAAAAAGGAGAAAGGAAAAGGAAGCGACCAAUAAGGAAAGACGGAGGAACUUGAAGAGACCGGAGGCCUUGGUCAUCAAGGUAUCGGAGGCGCUUCCGUAUGCCGAGGUGCUCCGUAAAUUGAAGCAGACUGUGAAGCCGUCGGACACCAACACGGAGAUCAGAGCGAUCAAGAGAACAAUGGGAGGAGAUGUGAUGCUAGAGAUGGAACCAUCCUGCGGUAUAACAGGCGAUUUCAGAAAGGCUGUCGAGGAAGCGGUGGGAGAAGGUCUGGUAAAAGACCUCAAGCCGCGGGUAUCUCUCGAAAUCCGUGAUAUUGACUCCAUUACAACCGGGGAGGACGUGAAGGAAGCAAUUAAAGAUAAGCUGGGAGGAAACAGAGAAGACAUAGCGGUGGAUCUGACUACUCCGAAUGGCAGAAAACAGAUCUUGGCCAUUGUCUCCCUAUCAGGAGGGGACGCUGAGAAGCUAAUUGAGGCAGGAAAGAUCAGGAUAGGGCUCCAACCUGCCGGAGUGUCUGAGCAAAACGAACCUCGUGACGACAACGCCCAUAAGGAAAUAAUGCGGUCCAUGAACAAAAUAAAGAAGUUAAUGGUGAAAAUAUUGCUGCCCAUGAGCAAAGGGAUGAGCCCUAUGAACAAUAGGCAAAAUGAUGCUUUACCAGUAACUUAG